AUGGAAGGUACGUCGCCGCCGGGGUCGCUGGACAAUGUCGUCCGGAUCUGGGACGCGGACAGCGGUGUGCUGCUGGAACGCCUCCGCGGGCACCGGGACAGCGUGUACAGCGUGGUGUUCACCCCCGACGGGCGCGGCGUGAUCAGCGGGAGCCUCGACAAGACGCUCAAGGAGGCGGGCGUCGCGCCGGAGGGCCGUGCCGUCUGCACGCGGGACUUCCUCGGGCACAAGGACUACGUGCUAUCCGUUGCUGUCUCGCACGACGCGCAGUGGAUCGUGUCCGGCUCGAAGGACCGCGGCGUGCAGUUCUGGGACCGCGCGGGCGCGGUGCACGCGCUCCUCCAGGGGCACAAGAACUCGGUCAUCUCGAUCGACCUCAGCCCCGCGGCGAACCUGCUCGCCACCGGGAGCGGGGACAGUCUGGCGCGGGUGUGGAGCUAUGCGUAG